AUGAGAUCAAAACAAGCGAAGUUAGUAGCCAGCUUUUUGUUUUGGGGUUUUCUGGUGUUGUCAAGUGCAACAGAAGAUCUGCUGGUGGUAUCUCAGUGUAAGAACCAAUGCAAACAUGAUCUCCACAACAUGAAAGAGUGUGAAGAUAGGUGCGACAAAAAGAUGAUGAUGAUGAUGAUGGACCAAGAGGAAGGAAUAUAUCAAAGCUGCAUGACCGCUUGUCCUCGUAGCAUACAAGAGACGAUGGCCACAGGGAAGCAAGAUGAAGGAAGAGGUUAUGGGCCUUUGAAGACAAAAUGCAACGGGAAUUGCAGUUCUCCUUACACAUCCCGUAAAAGAUGCAUAUCCCAAUGCUUAAAGUCUUUGGUUGGGAAGAAGAAGAUGGACAAUGAGGUAACCUGCGAGUCAUCGUGCAGCAUCCUUCAAGAGGAACCGCUCAUUGUAAGGUGCACCAGGGUCUGCCACGAGAGAACUCCCGGAGCUGUUGACUUGGUACUACUUGAAAAAUAG